AUGUGCUGCAGAUGGCCUAGUCAUCCAACAAUUUCUAAAUCAACAGAACCAGCAGAAUCAGCAGAGUUGGGAACCAAUGGUUGGAAUGAUUGGAAAUUGCAAGUAGUACCAGUUUAUUUGAGGUUUACUGCAGCUGAUUGUAAUAGUAAUAGAAGUAGCAAUAAUAAUAAUAAUUCUACAGGAGGAAAUAGAUUGCCCAUUGUUUGCUAUACAUGUGGAAAACCAGGACAUAUUAGUAGAACUUGUCCAAGAAAUAAUAAUAAAAGUGUAGGUGCAUCCUCUGAGGGUAAGGAUAUGGAACCUAAUGGAAACCCCUCAAGUGAUAUAUAUGUAGACUUUGAAGUAAACAAGAAUGGGAUGAUAAAAGAAGAUAAAAAUGGUAAUAUAUCACCACCACCACCUCCCAAAUGGAUGUACCUAAUGUUUAGAGCAUUCCUGGACCUUGGAGCCACUGGAAUACAAGGGAUUGAAGUUCCAAUUAAUAUGGUAGUAACUGAAUCUGAAACAUAUAGUGUUAUUAUUGGAAAUAAUUUGUUAAGAAAAGUGAAAGCCAAUAUAGAUUAUGAAACUUCAAUCAUGAUUAUAAGUUGGAAAGGAAAAGAGGCUAGAGUUCUUGUUGAAUAUCAAUUAGUAUCAGAUGCAAAAAAAGUAGAAGAAAUUGAAGAAGGUUCAGAAAAAGAAGAAGAGGAAGAAAUAGAAAAUGAAGAUGAAGAUGAAGAAUAUAAAGAGGAAUAUGAAGAGCUUACUCAAGAAAUUAAAUAUAAUCAUGCUGAUAUAAAAGACCUUUCUAAGAUUACACUAAUGGAACUAUCAAUUGGAAAAUUGUUAGAUAAUCAAAAAGGACUUAUUGAAUGUUCUACAGAACCUUGGGCAUCUCCAGUUGUAUUAGUUCAAAAGAAAAAUGGAAAGCAGCAAUUACGCAUUGACUAA